GACCUCUGGAUUUUGAACCUCAGAGAACUUCAGUUUCGUUUCUGUCGUCCUCUGUCAGCCAUGGCGUCUGCUGAUCUGAGAGCUGAGCUGGACUGCUCCAUCUGUCUGCAGACCUAUACAGAUCCUGUAAUGCUGAGAUGUGGACACAACUUCUGCCGGGUCUGUAUUGAUCGUGUACUGGAUACACAGGACGAGUCUGGGGUUUAUACCUGUCCUGAAUGCAGAGAAGAGUUUCAGGAGCGGCCUGCACUGAUGAGGAACUUAGCUCUGCGUAACAUUAUGGAGAAUUUAUUGGUUACUCAACAUAAAGAGACGGAAACCGGGAUCUGCUGCACUUACUGUGUGGACUCUCCUGUACCUGCUGUUAAAUCCUGUCUACACUGUGAGGCUUCUCUGUGUGAGAAACACCUGAGAGUUCACAGCAAGUCACCAGAACACGUCUUAUCUGACCCCAGCACUUCCCUGGAGAAGAGGAAAUGUUCUGUCCAUAAGAAGAUCCUGGAGUAUUACUGCACUGAGGACUCUGCUUGUAUCUGUGUGUCCUGCAGUUUGGCUGGAGAACAUAAGGGACACCAGGUGAUGGUGCUGGAUGAGGCGUCUGAGAAGAGGAAAGGGAAACUGAGAAAUAUUCUCCAGAAACUGACCAGAAAGAGAGAGGAAACUGAGGAAAGAGUCCAGAACCUGGAGGAACGCAGGAGAAAAGCUCAAGAAAAAGCAUCUGGAGAAGCAGAGAGGAUCACUGCCCUGUUUACAGACAUCAGGAGACGACUGGACGACCUGAAGAAGAGGGUCCUGAGUGAGAUCUCCAGGCAGGAAAAGGAAGAAUCACUCUCAUUCUCUUCUCGGAUCCAGAAGCUGGAAAUAAAGAAGGACGAGCUGUCCGGGAGGAUGAGACACAUUGAGGAGCUGUGUAACAUGACUGAUCCACUGACUGUCUUACAGGAACCAGACAGAGGUGACUUGUGUGAUCCUGAGGAGGAAGGAGGUGAUGAAGACAUAAAUAGAUGUCUCCAUGAUGUAGGUUAUCUGGAUGUGACUGUGAUCUCAGACAAAUUACAUACAUUAUGUGACAUAAUAACAGAUAUAAGGAGAGGGAUCUAUGUGGAGGGUCCUGCAGACAUCUUACUGGAUGUAAACACAGCUGCUAAUGACAUUAUUAUAUCAGACGACCUGAAAACUGCAACCUGGACACAAAAUAAUCAGAAUCGUCCAGAAACAGCAGAGAGAUUCCAGUAUAAUCAGGUGAUGAGCAGCAGGGGAUUUACCUCAGGGCGACAUUACUGGGAUGUGGAGAUUAGUAGAUCUGGGAGUUGGAGGGUGGGGAUGUGUUAUCCCGGUAUAGACAGGAGGGGGCGUCAGUCAUACAUUGGAGAUAAUACCAAGUCCUGGAGUUUGUGGAGGUGUUAUAAUCAGUAUUCAGUGAGACAUGACGGUAAAGAUAUCCGGUUACCUCACAAGAUCUCCAGUGAUAGAUUCAGGAUAUGUCUGGACUAUGAGGCCGGGCAGCUGUCCUUUUAUGAGCUGUGUGACCCCAUCAGACACUUACACACCUUCACUGCCGCCUUCACCGAGCCCCUUCAUGCUGCAUUGUGUGUAUGGGGAGGUUCUAUAAAGAUAUCUAUGGUGGGAGGUGAAACCUGCCAAAAAUAAAAUGAUAACGAAAAACAUGAAAUUUUAAUUCAAAUCCCAAUUUGACAUUUCAUUUACAACCCAUGUCUGCAAAAUGCCUGCCAAAAUGAAAAGUAAAAUGUGUAAUAUGUGGCAAAAAUAAAUGUAAAAUUAAAUAGCCUUUGGCUUUUUAAAUUUCAACUUUGUCAAUGAAUUAUCAUGUCCCCAUAGUGCUAUUUUCCAAUCAAAAUUAUAAAUCAAAUGAAAAACCUAAAAUACAACUUAAAAAAGGUAAUCUGAGAUUUCAGUUUCAUCUCUUGUAGACAUUUUCACUGCCAGAAUUCAAAUCAGAAUGAAAAAUGCCACUUGCCAUAUAACAUUUUAAUUUUAACAUUGUCCAAAAUUCAGAUUCAUACAACUGAGCAGUAGUGGGCCUGGGUUAAUAUGUGAAAGGAGACUGAACAGACAGUGACUGUCCAAAGGAGGGCGCUCUGCUUCUAUACAAUUCUAAUAGGUCACACACCGCUACAGAUCAGAACGCGUUUAGAAUUCCAAUAGAUGGCGCUGAGAGGAAAAUGAUGCUAGUGUGCAGAGUGACUGGCAUAAGACUAUGAAUCCAAUAGAUGGCGCUGAGAGGUAAAUGAUGCUAGUGUGCAGAGUGACUGGCAUAAGACUAUGAAUCCAAUAGAUGGCGCUGAGAGGAAAAUGAUGCUAGUGUGCAGAGUGACUGGCAUAAGACUAUGAAUCCAAUAGAUGGCGCUGAGAGGAAAAUGAUGCUAGUGUGCAGAGUGACUGGCAUCAGACUAUGAAUCCAAUAGAUGGCGCUGUGAGGAAAAUGAUGCUA